AUGAAUACGAACAUGACUAUGAACCCGACGGCGCCAGCACCGGACCCAGCAGGUGACCUCAUCGCCGCUGCAACCCGGCACAACAUGCAGCUCAAGCCCUACGACGACACUACUGCGGCAGGCAGAUCCGCCUGGACUCGCCGCAUCAAAGACACGGCUGACACAAUCGCCAAACGCCACAACGACCCUGUGUCAUUCUGCACCAACGCUAGCAAGACGCUCUCGACCCACAAAUUUGAGCCAGGCCAACGCGGCAGUGGGCCCGAGAACACCCGGUACAUUCUCGACAUUCUCCGCCUUCAAGACGGCAUCUGGGCGGCGAUCGAGGCGGAGCGGGUGGUGAAUAAGAAGCGUGCUAAGCUUCCAGCGCGGUUCGUCACAGCGGCGAAGAGUAUUGAGCUAGGCACGAAGCCGAACGACCUCAAGACUUACCUGUCGGAUCUGAAGAAAUUCAUCUACAAGUAUUACAACGGUGCCACGACGACGACUAGGAAGCGCAAGGCCGCCGGCGAGGACGACAAACCCGCGAAGAAGAGCAAGGCCUCCGGCGAGAAAGCGCCACUCGUGAAGCGGGGCAAGGCAUCAGGCUUCACCCUAAGCAACGGCAGCACGACGGCCCACCAGCAGCUCAACCCGUACGGUAACGACGGGGACGACGAAGGUGCGACGGAAGGGGUGGAUGAUCUCUUUGGAAACUCAUUCCAGGAGCGCCAUCCUUCACCAGCCUCUGAGGAAGAAGGAACGCCUGCACCACGCCACGAAGACGGGAGCUUCGCAUUAGACGACGGGCAGGUGACGCCACCCCGCCGCCGCCUUCCCUUCCCCGAGCAGCCGAGAGCGCGCGGAGGCAAGCAGGGCAAGAAGAUCAAGCAGGAAUUAGACGACCAGGGCCGCCCUAAGCUCGGCGGAGCAGAACUCGCGCUGUUGACGUUCCAGCUACGGCAGAACGACGCUUAUGAGAAGAUGGAAUACGACGCCAGGAUGAUUGAGCUCUGCAAGCAGUACGACAUGCACAACUUCCCGAAGAUCAUGACCGAGGUGAUCUUGACCGCGGAAGAAGUCGCGACCAGGAAGGCGGACUUGGGAGCACGGAAGAAGCGCGAGGCUGCGCAGGCGGAAGUAGAGAGGAAGCGCCAGGCUGUCGCCGACGCGGAGACUCGCAAGAAGGAUCGCGACCUCAUCGAAUCGCUCCAGAAUGAAUUCGCUGCGAAGAACGACGCUAGCAGGACGCCGGUGGACUCAAUUCAGAACGAAACCGCUGCGAAGAACGACGCCAGCACGACGCCGGUGGACUCAAUUCAGAACGAAAUCGCUGCGAAGAACGACGCCAGCAUGACGCUGGCGGACUCAUAUGAGUUGGAUGGCGAUCACUUCCAUGCGAUGCACGAACGGCUCUUCGAGAAGAUGCGCAACGAAUUCCCGAGGGGCAACGCCGGCACGACGUUACGAGCACAGGGAGAGACCGGUGACGGGCCUCAGCAGGCACAGCGGAAGGACGAGAACGAGACUUUUGCGUCUCGGCAGGAGAUGCAGCAAUCCCAGAGCGCAGAUGGUGCGGAGAAGCAGGCGCUUGUGACGGCCAACGCCGCCGCGACGACGGCCGACGGGCAGGCUAUGACGGAGAAGGGGGAGAUUGGAUCGGGGGAGGCGACGGAGGGCAAGAAGAUUGGAGCGCGGGAGAACGACGAGCAGACGGCGGAAGACGAGGCCAACACCACCAAGAUGUAG